AUGGAGCCGUGUGUGUGUGUGUGUGUGUGUGUGUGUGUGUGUGUGUGUGUGUGUGUGUGUGUGUGUGUGUGUGUGUGUGUGUGUGUGUGUGUGUGUGUGUGUGUGUGUGUGUGUGUGUGUGUGUGUGUGUGUGUGUGUGUGAUGAAUGUCCUGGAUGUUUCACUCACUUUUGUUUUUGUGACUCCUGACCACAGCGGCGGCGGCGGCGGCGGCGGUGACAGCAGCAGCAGCAGCAGCAGCGGUGGAGAGCCGGUCCAGAAGCUCGGGGACGUUUCUUCUUCUCUGGACGGUUUGAGCAGGUGAGACAUCUGAGAGACAGGAGACAGCAGCUCAGGGUUGGACAGGAGGACUCUCAGAGGACUGAAGAUCUUUGCUCCCUCCUCCUCCUCCUGGACAAACCUCCUCUUUUCUGUCUCUGAGGGUUUGAAACGAGGUUCCUCCUCCAUGAUGUUGGCGAGACACCAGGAGGACCGCCGAGACCUUCACCUGCGUCUCUGAGAGUCAGCCUGGAGUCAUGUGACCUGUGAGGUCAGAGUUCAAAGCUGUCUUUUAACCUUCAGGUGA